UAUCACGAACAGAAACCAAUUCGUGAAUCGAAAUCGAAAUCGAAAUCGCAAUCGCAAUCGGCCUUGACUCAAUCGGCUCUCGCUCUCUGCCUCUUUCGGGUCUCGACUAUCGACCGGCUCUCGGCCUCUCGCUAUCGCAUCUUGUGGCUUGUGAGGUGGACUUUUACUCUGGUUAUUAUAUAUUUUGGGUUUGGAUCUUUGUGGUCAAUAUAUGGAUGCUACCGGUAUCACUAUGAAGUUGGUGGUGGGAGAAGCGAGGAAUUAGAUGAAGCACAAGCUGUAGGCCCUCAAGAUCGAAGGCACCCUUGCCAAGCCGCGGGCUUUUGCGUUUAUGUUUUUCAAAUCAUAUUCCAGAUGGUGGCAGGUGCAAUUGUGCUUACCGAUUGCAUUUUCUGGUUCAUCCUCGUACCUUUUCUUGCUAGAGAACAUUAUAAUACUUUUCAAUUGCUCCCUAUCGCUAUGCACUCUACUAAUGUUGUGUUCUUGCUUUUUGAGACUGCAUUGAAUAGCUUGCGAUUCCCUUUGUUUCGAAUCGCGUAUUUCUUUCUCUGGACAUGUGUUUUUGUCAUUUUCGAGUGGAUCGUCCAUGCAUGCAUCAGGCUUUGGUGGCCAUACCCUUUUCUUGAUCUCUCUUCACCAUUAUCUCCAUUAUGGUACCUAUUGGUGGCAUUGUUGCACUUUCCAUGUUAUGGAAUUUUCUUUCUUGUAAUAAAACUGAAGAAUUUUCUCUUGUUGAGGAUGUUCUUGCGGGAUGGAGAGUCCGCACCCCCGUGAGUGGACGAGGAAGAAAGGAUUUCUCAAAGCAACCCGAGUUUCAGUGAUAGAGGGGAGUGAGAAAUAAAUGGAUUUUUGGAUCGCCUAAUUCAAUAGCUCAAAAAUAGGUCUUCGUCUCCAGGAAGCAUACCCUUAGUUAGCAAGAAUACCAAACAAAGAUAGAUAGCAUAAAUACGACUCGGAGUAGAUCUAUUAAAUUAUUAGAAUGUUAAUAGCGACUCGGAGUAGAUCUAUGAAACAUAUAAUUGUUUGUUAUAUAUAUAUAUAUAUACACGAGCUUAAUUAAAG